CAAAAAAAAAUAAUAAAAACGUAAACAACAAACACAUUGACUGAUUGAUUGAUUGACACAAUUAUAACAAGUGGUUAAACCUCGGGAUCAGCUACUGGUGACUGUGGACAAACCUAACCUAACCAAUCGAUAAUCAUGUCUUAUAUGUUACAACAUCUACAAAACGGCUGGCAAGUCGACCAGGCCAUCCUAUCGGAGGAAGAUCGGGUAGUGGUCAUCCGUUUCGGACACGAUUGGGACCCGUCCUGUAUGAAAAUGGACGAAAUCCUAUACGGUAUCGCCGAAAAGGUCAAAAAUUUUGCCGUCAUAUAUCUGGUCGAUAUUACCGAAGUACCCGAUUUCAAUAAAAUGUACGAACUGUACGAUCCGUGUACGAUAAUGUUUUUUUUCCGCAACAAACACAUUAUGAUUGACCUGGGUACCGGUAAUAACAAUAAGAUUAAUUGGGCACUGGAGGACAAACAGGAAAUGACCGAUAUAUUGGAAACGGUUUAUCGGGGGGCCCGAAAAGGCCGCGGUUUGGUUGUAUCGCCCAAAGAUUAUUCGACUAAAUAUCGGUACUGAUUGGGUGGUCAUCGACGGUCAUCGACAGCAGUGGUGGUCAUCAUUAUCAUCGACAGUGGUUAGUGUUGUUGUUGGUAGUCAUCAUCAUCAGUGGUGGUAACCAUUGUGUGUAACAAUUGAUUGAUUGUAAUUAAUUUCAUUGAUUUAAUUUGAUUUGAUUUUUUUGUUGUAUUAAUAAUACUGUAAUAAUUAUAUGAUAUGAUUGAUUGUAAUAUUAAUUAUUUAUGUUUGUAAUAAUUUUUAAUUAUUCGACAAAAUAUCGGUACUACUUAUUGGUGGUCAUCGACAGUGUGUGGUUAGUGUUGUGGUGAUAGUCAUUACCAUUAGUGGUGGUAACCACCGAUGCUGAUGGGGGAGAGGGGGAAGUAUUUUGGGUGACCAUUAAAAUGUGUGUAACAAUUAAUUAAUUGAUUGAUUGAUUUUUUUAUAUUGUAAUUAAUU